AGAUGAUACACGCUCGUACUAUCGCUCUCUUCCUGGUGGGGAAGUAGUCCAACGUUUCUCCUAUGAGUCGGUGCCGAAGCGCGACGCUGAGGCGGGCGGAUCGCGGCUGACGCCGUCCUGGAGUUUUCGCGCCGAGGCGAAAAGGAAACUUUGUGACACUUUGUUGCGCGGAAGCGUUCGAAACGGGCCUUUGAAGUCUUUGUCGACGCCGCGACAUCAAACGAGCACAACAAUGGAGACGCUCACGGUGCUUAGGUGAGACAAAGCCAUUUGUUACUCCUCGCGACCAAAGGACCGCUCUCGUUACUCGGUAGGACAAAAACAAUGAGGUUCCGGCUGCUCAGACGGAACCUGCUGGCUCUGCUGGCUGUCUCCUUCAUCGUCGUGACUCUCUUUUUGACGACGCGCGUGUUAAACAGUCCACAAGAUGACACCAGCACCAGUCAUGAUGUGGCACAGCAGAGCCAGGGGCCGAGGCUGGAUGACAUUAUGAAAUUUCAGUUUGGCUCAGUGCCAGAAUUGACUAAAUCCGUUUAUAGUGCCAAUUAUAAGCAGUCCAUUCUCAACGCGGAUAAGUUUCCCGGGGAGCCCCAACUGGUGCUGGUUGUGCAGGUCCACAACAGACCUCAGUACCUCAAAAUGCUCAUCAAGUCUUUGGAAAGCGCUGCCGAGGUGCACAGCUUCCUCCUCAUCUUAAGCCAUGACUACUUUUCAGAGGAAAUCGACGCCAUUGUGCAGGGGAUAACUUUCUGCAAGGUACUGCAAAUCUAUUUCCCUUUCAGCGUUCAGCUGUAUCCCGCCGAGUUUCCUGGGCAAGACCCGCGGGACUGCCCUCGAGACAUAGCCAAGGACGAGGCCCUCAAAACAGGAUGCCUCAACGCAGAACACCCCGACUCGUACGGCCACUACAGAGAGGCCACCAUCACCCAAACCAAGCACCACUGGUGGUGGAAGCUCCACUUCGUGUGGGAGCGAGUGCCGGCGCUGCAGGGCUACAGUGGCUUCGCAGUCUUCCUGGAGGAGGACAACUACAUCUUACCGGACUUCUACCAUCUCUAUAAGCUGAUGCUCGACUUCAGGAAGAGCAACUGCCCGGAUUGCGACCUGCUGGCUUUGGGCAACCACAAAAAGCUGACCGAUUUUACCAAGCUGUCCAGCAAGGUGCUUACCACCGGCUGGAUGUCCACCCGGCACAACAUUGGCAUGGCCAUCUCCAGGGAGGUGUAUUACAAGCUGAUGGGCUGCAGUGAUGACUUCUGCACUUACGACGAUUACAACUGGGACUGGACCUUGCAGCACCUCUCAGGAACUUGCAUAUCAAAACCCCUUAAAGUCUUAGUGGCCCAGGGGUCCCGGGUUCUCCACACAGGGGACUGCGGCAUGCACCAAAAGGAGAACUGCAGGCCAGAGUGGGCCUGGCAGAGAGUUGAGGAAUCUCUCCAAAUGGCCAAAGAGGGCCUCUUCCCUCAGUCUCUGCUCCUAUACGGUGCAGAGUCCGUGGAGCACAAGCCACAUAUGAAAAACGGGGGUUGGGGAGACUCACGAGACCAUGGUCUUUGUAAAAACUAUGUGCGGCGUCUGUAAAAAGGUUGUGUUUACUCAGAAUGUGAUAAUAUGAGUAGAGCUCAUUCAUGCAGGCUUGCUGUAAGAUGUGCCAUUCCCACAUGUAGCGUUUCAGGGCUCCGGAGGCUACAGUGUGUUGACUUUUCACUUUUGUUUGUUUUUCCUUCAGCGAGGUCUUCCAAGGGUUAGGACCAAAUGAGGUCUGAGAAUGUGUGUGUGUGUGUGUGUGUGUGUGUGUGUGUGUGUGUGUGUGUGUGUGUUUGUGUUUGUGUGUGUAUUUUUAUACAGCUAGAUAUCUAGCUUCGUUUUUACUUAUCACCAAAGCUACAGUUGCCAAAAACAUUCCUUAUGUUUAUGUUGUGAAUAACGCAUGCAAGCCCAGUUGUGUUUCUCACAGUUGUGUUAUCAGGUUUGUUCCACCCUGGGUGUCUUACAAGACAAUUUUGUUUAGAGAAGGCGAGUGAAGAGUAAACUAUCAGAAUUUAAUUGCGUAUACGAUGAUUUGCAUCCCAUGCAAUCAAUCAGUCACGUGUGUGUUGGGAAACUUGCUUUUUAGCUGCCAUGUAGUUAAACAUGUAUAGAGAUCAUCCAAUUGCAGCGCUCGAUUAUUUUUUCUGCAUGUUUUUACGGUACAACCUGAGUGGAGCAACCAAAAUGCACAUGUAAUGCACAAACCUAUGUGUAGUUUAUCAAAGUUUUGUACACAGAAAUCUGCAAUAUACUGCAAGGGUUUGACCUGGUUUGUGGUUUAGCCCGUGCUGCCUUUUUAAAGUUGACUCUUGACCUAAGUAGCAAAAUGGUGAAAUGUACCCCGUGGGAUUUAUGCUGCUGAAUGUAAAUCUGAGUUUGUUUCAAUUGUAAUUUAGUCCCUUUAGGGUGGAGGAUCCACUCAAGAUAAGCCGAUUUAUUUUCUAUUAUUUAAGUACCUCUUUCUGAUGCAUACUGUUUUAAUCAAGAGGAGAGAGAAAAAACCCUAUCCAGCUCCCACUGGUUAAAUUUACACCGAUUACUCACUGUCUGAAAUGACAAGAACUGAGUAGUGUUAAUCAAUGGUCCUCUGUGACUGACUGUUUAUCUGAAAGAUGAGGACUGACCCCGUCGAUAUUUCUGCACGAUUUUGGUUGCGCAAACAAUGGGGUCACAGCAAGUCUUUUUUUCCCCCUAUUAUUUCUAGAAUUGCACAUCCUUUUACAAAAAGGUAUACGAUGGGAUUGAUGUUGUUAUGGGAACUGAAGGAGUUGCUGCAUGUUUAGUUGUAGAAAACACGGAUUUUGAGCAAGUGCAAAGGCUCAUUCACUUCUCAGUAAAACCCGUUCAGAUGCGUCCCGGUUAACACCGACAAAACAUGUUGAUCUGAAGCAUUUAAAUGAGGAAAACGCUUUAACGCUGGGUUAUGCAUGACGCUGUCUUUGCUCAAAACCUCACCGAAUGUGCCUUAUGAUUUUGCAGUAAUUUAUGUCCAGACCUGCUUAUACAAGAGAUUUGUAGACGUGCACUUAAACAUUUUUGUUCUCCCAAGUACAAAAACUAUUUGAGUGCUUGCCAUUAAAACAUUCUCACUUGAAACAUAAAACUAAAGUUGGCCUUUGUAGUCAUUAGAAACGUAUGGAGGCAAAUACGGCCUUGAUACAAAUGGACUUGAACUUGUUGGCAUGUUAAUCUGAUGAAAAUGCGUGGCCUGCCAAAUUUUGUAAUGCAUUAAAUUGGCAAAGGGUAACUAUAUGGCCCAGUUAUACGCACUAUAAUGUAGAAUUAGUGCACCACUUAAAGCUGGCGUAGGCAUUUUUUUCUGGCUUCUUUGGACAAAAAUUUCAAAAUAACCUUUCAGCAUAUUGUAAUCCUAGUGGUCUGAGAAAAAAACUGGACUUCCGCACCUCCUCUUGGCCCUGUUUUCAGGUAAAAAAAUAAAAUAAAAUCUAGUCCGGGAGGGAAGACUUCAGCCAAUCACGGGUCAGUUCAGAGAGCGGGCGUUCCUAUUGGCUGCUCUGCAACGCAGACGCGCGUGUACGCCAUCAAUUCGCGUCCGCCCUGCCCCGGCAGUAGCUUGUAACCAUGACCCUAAACAACAAGACCAGCUCGAAAUGGCUGCUUCACAUGAACAACACGAGUUUAACUAAGAGAGUCACUGAAAAAAGAGAUUUUUUUACGUGGCUAGAUUAUCACCCACGAUACAAGCUCAAUAGUCUCGCUUUGACAUUUCCUGGUUGCACGUUAAGAGUACGGAGCUGAAGGGCGAUGCGGACGUCAUUUGGUGGGAGGGGCUUCGCGGAGUGAUAUGAGGCAUCAGAGAGAGAGAGAGGCGGAAGGAUCUGCAUUGGAAAGUUCAAUGUUUACCUACUGCAGCUAUUAUUAGUGUGCCUAUAAAAUGAUGUGCCUUAUAGAGCCUCGGUUAACAUGAAAAUGAGUGUGGAAGUCAAUGAAUGCUUAGCUAAAACCUUCUUACUGCAAAGCACAAUCAGCUUGUUAGAGGCGUUAAGGGGCCCAAAGUGACCAUGACUCGUUCGUUGGUGAAAUGUACACUGAUAUUUGGAUUAAGACCAAAAACCUCUGUCCUUGUCAUGCCUUUGUUUGAUCUUAAUCUUUGUUGACUUACUUUUUUUUCAUCAAAUUGGGAUAAUAAAGGAGGUUGAUUUUUGAUUGUGUCUGUUUUAUUAUAAAGCUGAUAUAAACUUCGGCAGACGCGCUUUUCAAAAAUGUUCAGGGAUGACGACUAACCACUGUGCCGCCGUGCCGCCCUCGUACCAAAGUUGUUUAGAAAAUUAAAAAGGUGUUUUGCGUUUGAGAUAUACUGAUCUAUGUCUAUUUUUUAUACACGUGCAUACCUGUGCAUAUUUAAAAUGGUCCAAUAUUCCUUGAUUGUUGUCGGCACAGUGGU